AUGGAUGAACCCGUGGCGAAGGAGAGAAAAGUUUGGCAGGGCAUUUCACAUGGCUUUCAUGUCAUUGAAAGGGGAGACGAAACUCAGGACCUUAUUCUUGCUCAAAGGGAACAAGCAGAUGACCUCGAGCUUUGGCUUUUUGGAGCAUUUGAUACGAACGUGGGAUAUCCAAUCAGAAAAUACUUGCAAUCGAACAUAUUCAGCAAUAAAGUUAAUGAGACUGUGCAUGAGGGAGACAAACAUGAGGAUGGAGGUUUCACAACUGCACUUGUUAUGAAUGCGGAGAAAAUUGUUGUAGCAAGCUUUGGUGGAUACAAAGCUGUAUUGUGUAGAGGGGAUGUGGCCAUACAAUUAGGAAAGAAGCAUCGAAGAGUUCAGAAGGGGUUUUGGUCCUUAUUAGGUGCAUUCCACUUGAAAUAUCUUACUGAGAACGGGAAGAAGUCACGGAAGAACACAAGACUCGGUGUCAGCACCCAUAAAGUGGAACCCGAGUUUGAGUUCAUCGUGUUAGCUAGUGAUGGCAUAUGGGAGGUGAUGAGUAACCAAGAGGCUGUGAACCUAAUAAGUCACAUUGAAGAUGCUCAAACUGCAGCGGAGGUUCUUGCGUUGGAAGCCGUGACAAGAAUGAGCAAAUCAACAAUCUCAUGUGCUGUGGUUCGUUUUCAUUGA